AUUUAAGAGGGAGUUAGAUGUGGUUCUUUUGGCUAAAGGGAUCAGGAGGUAUGGAGAGAAGGCAGGUGUGGGAUACUGAGUUGGAUGAUCAGCCAUGAUCAUAUUGAAUGUCAGUGCAAGCUCGAAGGGCCGAAUGACCUACUCCUGCACCUAAUUUAUAUGUUUCUAUGAUAGGUGCACCAUACUCUUGCCUUCUCCCCAUAACUCCUGACACCCGUACUAACCAAGAAUCUAUCUAUCUCUGCCUUUAAAAUAUCCACUGACUUGGCCUCCACGGCCUUCUACGGCAAAGAACUCCACAGAUUCACCACCCUCUGACUAAAGAAAUUCCUUGUCCUGAAGGGAAACUGGAAGAGAGGUGGGGAUGGGUCAAAGACUGGCAAGUGAUAGGUGGAUACGGGUGAGAGGGAUUCUCAUCUCCUUCCUAAAGGAAUGUCCUUUAAUCCUGAGGCUAUGACCUCUAGUCCUAGACACUCACACUAGUGGAAACAUCCUCUCCACAUCCAUUCUUACCAAGCCAUUCAUUAUUCUGUGCGUUUCAAUGAGGUCCCCCCUCAUUCUUCUAAACUCAAGACGUUAAGAAUGGUCCUUAUCUCUCCAAACCUGUCCUAUCCAUAUACCUGUUAGUUAAGAAACAGUUGGGAUCUCUGCCUCAACUACCUCUUCUAGCCACUUGUUCAAUGCACCCACCACCUGGAGUAUUGCGUACAGUUUUGGUCUCCUAAUCUGAGGUGUGAAAUGGUUACCCCUCAGAUACCCCUCAGAUUCCAAGGACGUCUUUUGGGAAGGAGAUGAGGUGGUAUUUCCUUCGUCAGAUGGUGGUGAAUCUGUGGAAUUCUUUGCCACAGAAGGCUCUGGAGGCAAAGUCAGUGGAUAUAUUUAAGGUAGAGAAAGAUUCUUGAUUCUAGUACGGGUAUCAAAGGUUAUAGGAAGAAGGCAGGAGAAUGGGGUUAUUAGGGAGACAUGGAUGAAUGGUGGAAUAUACUUGAUGGGCCAAAUGGCCUAAUUCUACUCCUAUCUCUUAUGAUCUUCACCUUGUUUCCCUUCCCUUGUUUGAGGGGUAUCUACACCGGACCCUGCCCCCCAAUGUCCAGCAGCUGAAGGACCCUAGACAGUGGUCCUCCCCCAUGGAGCCUUGGCGUUGGCUGCACCAAGCCUCAGUGCUUCCCUCAGCACGUACUCCUGUAGUGUGGAGCGGGCCAGUCGGCAACAUUCCCCGAUGGAUGUCUGGCUGAAAUUUUUUUCCUGAAAGGAAUGAAUUUUCAAGGCGGGAAUGUGGGACCAGAUGGAUUGUUCUUACCCAGAGCUAGUAGGGACUCAAUGGGCACAAUGGCCUUCAUCAACAUGAAAAUCAUACUGUGAUUCUCAGUGCAAUAGUUAACAUCUCUCUACAUAAACACUGGCGCAGCAGUGGAGUUGCUGCCUCACAGCGCCAGAGACCCGGGUUAGAUCCUGACCACAGGAGCUGUCUGUACGGAGUUUGUACAUUCUCCCUGUAACAUGCGUGGGUUUUCUCCGAGAUCUUCGGUUUCCUCCAACACUCCAAAGAUGUACAGGUUUAUAGGUGAAUUGUCUUGGUAUAAAUGUAAAUUGUCCCGAGCGUGUGUAGGAUAGUGUUAGUUUUUGGGGAUCGUGGCUGGCACGGACUCGGUGGGCCGAAGGGCCUGUUUCCGCACUGUAUCUCUUCACUAAACCUUUUUGGUCACAUGUUCAAAAAGCCGUACGUCGAGUGGAUUCAUCUUCAUAUUUUAUUUCUCGUUCUGUUUCAGAUCACUGGAUUUUGUUGAGCGUCCAUUUCCGGUUCAGUGAUGAGUGAGUGCUUGCAACUGGCCACUCUGGGCCGGCCUUUCCAGUUGGGAAUGCUGUACGACUGCCGAUCAGAUGCUCUGAUCCCAGGCGUCACCUUGUGGGACUUGCAGACACUGCAGAGCAACCUUGACUAUCGUGACCAGCCCAGCACUGAGUUUCACAUCAUUGCAUCAGACUCCAUGGAGAAGAAAGCCGCUGCCCUCGAUGUGUCAGCAUCACUGAAAGCGAGUUUCCUGGGUGGGUUAGUGGAGGUGAAAGGGUCGGCAAAAUAUCUCAGAGACACGAAGGAAUCAGAGCAACAAGCACGAGUUACCCUUCAGUACAAAGCAACAACCAAGUUUGAACAACUGACGAUGAGUCACUUAGGGAGACAGAAUAUUACCUACCCGAGUGUGUUUGAUGAGGGCUCAGCCACCCAUGUCAUUACUGCAGUGCUGUAUGGGGCCCAGGCCUUCUUUGUGUUUGACCAAAUGACUUCAUCAACAGAGAAGAUACAGAAUAUCCAGGGCAACAUGGAGGCAACAAUUAAAUGUCUCCCUAUGAUUGCGAUCGAGGGAGAGGCCUCCCUAGAAAUGACAGAAGAACACAAAUCUCAUACCGAGAAGUUUAGCUGCACGUUUUAUGGGGACUUCUCGUUGAAGAACAAUCCCACCACCUUCAAAGACGCCAUCAAUAUCUACGCAACACUUCCACACCUCCUGGGUCCAGAUGGAGAACAUUCAGUGCCCAUCAGAGUCUGGCUCUAUCCUCUCAAUAAACUUGACUCAAAAGCUGCCCAGCUGGUGAGGGAGAUCAGCGUGGGACUGGUCAAUCGCUGCCAGGAUGUCCUAGAACAGCUCAAUGAGGCUGUGAUGAGGUGCAAUGACCUGAUGAAAGACAGUGUCGCAGUUCAGUUUCCUGAGAUUAUAAAUAUUAUACUUCGAUUCCAAAAGAUGUGUCUGGAGUACAAAUUAGGUUUCCAGGGGACUUUAUGUAAAGUUUUACCGUCCAUUCGGGGCGGUGGGAAGGAGGAAGUGUUGCUGGCGGACAUAUUGAAGAACAGGGAGCAGUCACCAUUUAAACACCAAGCACUGACCACAUGGCUGGGUGACAAGGCACGGGAGAUGAGGGUUGUGGGACGUUACCUCAGAAUAUUGAAAGAUAUACCAGUUGUGAAAUCCGAGAGUGAGUUAGAUGAAAUGUUUAUGGAUUUAGCAACAGUUUACGUGGUCUGCUAUACAUUUACAACAUUACAUCAUGAGGAUCUCUACCUGUCAGAGGCAAACAAUUACCUCCAAUCUCCCACAGCUCAGAAAAUGGAGACACAACCUCCUGUUGAUGGAGCCUGUACAAAACGACAAAGUGACUCCUGGUUUAACUUGCCAUCUGUGUCCCAGCAGAUGAGGAAGCUAUCAGGAUCAUUCCUGGACUUCGCCACCGCCAACAUAGCAGAUGGGAAAAUAAAAUUUGCUGUUGGAUCUGUGCGGGAUGACAGCAACAUAGGAGCGUCAAUUUACCUGUAUGAUGGAGGAUGUCUGGAGAACCAGUGCUUUGUUCCUCCGUCACAGCCCGAGAUACCUACGUCUAGUAGAACAACACAUGACAGUGUGACUCUGCAGUUACAGCCACCAACAUUUGGUGCCGAUGAGAUUGUGGGCUACAAGGUAGAGUACCGUGGUAGCCAGCAGGAGGAAUGGACAAUUCUGGAUACACCUGAUCAAUGCCACUCCUUCACAAUACCUGGGUUAGAGCCACACCAGGAGUAUCACUUCCGAUACAGAGCAGUGACCAAGGUCGGGGUCAGCAAGGCUAGUGAGAGCUACAGGAGCAUCACCCGGCCAGCAAGUCCACCUGGUAAACCAGUCUUCCAGGAUUGUUCAUCCAGCCCAACACUGCACUGGGACAGACCAGGUCAGAUUGGAGCUGAUGUUAAUAUAUUUCGGUACAGAAUUGAAUAUAGGGAAGAACCGUCAGAUAAUUUAAACACGAAAGGUGGAUUAUGGGAGGAAGUUAAGACAACAGACGCACAAUGUCACUAUUGUUUAGAGGGACUAAAACCCACGACCGUCUACCAAGUCCGAGUGUCUGCUGACUGUGGAGAAACAGGGUCUAGUGAAGCAAGUGAGGAGGUUUCAAUAAAAACAGGAAACACACCAAUCACAAUAACCCGGAAACGUCGCACAGGCACUAAAUUAAUAUCCAAAGGAAACCCUUCCAUUUACAAGCUCAAACUACAGGAGGAGAUAGCAGAUGAAUUCAAACAGCUUGUGAAAUGCUCCUUCGGAAAACCCACUACAAAACAUACAAUGAAGACAAUUAUGGUUCUGGGAGCAACUGGGUCAGGAAAGACAACCCUCAUCAAUGGGAUGAUCAACUACAUCUUGGGCGUGGAAUGGGGAGACUACUUCAGAUACAAGUUAAUAGCAGAAGAGACAGGAAAAUCCCAGGCUGAGAGUCAGACAUCCUCCAUCACUGCCUACCUGCUCCACCAUCAGAAAGGAUUUAACAUCGAUUACUCUCUGACGAUCAUUGACACACCAGGAUUCGGUGACACCAGGGGCAUCAGCCGGGAUAAACAGAUCACUGAGCAAAUCCGUGAAUUCUUCUCUUCCCCACAAGGUGUUGAUCACAUUGAUGCCGUGUGUUUUGUUGCUCAAGCCUCCCUGGCUCGCCUGACUCACGCACAGAAAUAUGUCUUUGAUUCGAUUCUUGCUAUUUUUGGCAAAGAUAUUGCAGAAAACAUUCAGAUCCUGGUGACUUUCGCAGACGGACAGCCUCCCCCCAUCCUGGGUGCCCUGAAAUUAGCUGAGGUACCGUGUCCCAUAGACACAACGGGUCUGCCAGUACACUUCAAGUUUAACAAUUCAGCUAUUUUUGCCCAGCGUCCAAUCUCAGGGGGAGAGAACGAUGAUAACUUUGAUGCAAUGUUUUGGAAGAUGGGAGCAAACAGUAUGAAGAAAUUCUUUACAGCUCUGAACACAAUGGAAACCAAAAGUUUGAGUUUAACCAGAGAGGUUCUGAAGGAACGUAAGCAGCUGGAAGUUGCAGUGGUGGGAUUGCAGACGCAGAUCCGAGUUGGUCUCGCCAAACUGGAAGAACUCAGGAAAACAGAACAAGCUCUGAACCAACACCAAACCGAGCUGGAUGCAAAUAAAAACUUUGACUAUGAGAUUGAAGUUACACAUCCAGUAAAGGAGGAUAUUAGUGGGACUGGUAAUUAUAUAACCAACUGUCAGAAAUGUUUCUUUACCUGCCACUUUCCCUGCGGCAUUCCUAACGAUGAUGAUAAACGUGAUUGUUGUGCAAUGGACAGACAAGGGAACUGUACGGUCUGUCCACUAAAGUGCAUCUGGAAUGUUCACUUCAACCAAAAGUACAAGUUUGAUUAUGUAACGAAAAAGGAGAAGAGGACAUACAGUGAGCUGAAACAAAAGUACGAGAAUGCCUAUGGUGAAAAGAUGACCCAGCAGAAUGUUAUGGAAUCACUUAAGCGGGAGUUUGCCGAUGUGGAGUACACAGUUCUGGCGCUGAUUGAUCAAUUAUCUGGCAGCAUUAGACGACUUGAAGAAAUAGCUCUGAGGCCAAACCCAUUAUCCACCCCAGCUUACAUUGACCUCAUGAUUCAGUCUGAGAAAGAAGAGGCGAAGCCCGGGUUCAUGGAGCGAAUUCAGACACUGGGGGAAGUAAAGGAACAGGCAUUGUUAAUACAAAAGGUAGCAAAUAAUGAGAAUCUGUUACCAGGGGAGUCGAAGGGAGGUCCAAUGGUUGGGAAAAAUGCUGGAAAAAACACUGGAAUAGUUUCUAUUGUGAAAAAUUGGUUCACAUUCAAAUAGUAAAUGAUAACCAUUCCAACUGUUCCCAAUAGAGGGAGCAAAUGUUUCACUCAACCCUGAAAUAAUCCAUUCUUCUAAUCCCUCUCCUUCUCCUGCCUCACCUUCCCACAGCCUUUCACACCACACCUUGCUUCUUCAAUGCUGCCCCAUCAUCACCCGCUAGCUGCCACACCCUUCACCCUGCUACUCAUCCAAGUACCACAUCAGUACCUCAUGAAAGCCUGAAGAAUCUAUCCACGACCCUUCCUGUUCCAUGUUCAUGUUCCCGCGCGGAGAGCUCACCUAAAUCCCGGCGCCCAAUUCUUCACUAGAUGGGCUGCCCCCUGCACUAGAUCAUAACCUUCUUCCCCAAACCCCGCUCUGUCCGUGAGGUCAGACGGCACAUUUCCCAUCGAGCUUCGGAGGAGGGGAAGCUUUCUGUCAGCUCUGUCCCUCCCUGGUCAUCGUCAGAGUCCGAGUCACGGGCUGGUGGGGGGUAAAGUAGUCAUAGACAAUGUCAUGGAAACUGUUCUACCCCCCCCACCCCCAGCCUCAGGACAAGAUACAGAGUGCACAUCAAACUCAGCAGGACUCAAUCUCUGUCGCCACUGAAACAGCGACACACACACAGGAACUCCUCCAGCUCACAGGCUCGUUGAGAAAUUGGUCUCAUCAAGAGCACGAGAAGGACCAAAUGAAAUGGAGCAUCACAUCAGAGAACAACGUGUGCUCACCUCUCAGGGAUCAGUACCUUCCAUGUCCUGGACCCCAUCACCCAAUGGACAAUGGACCUUCUCCAUGAAGAAGGAGCCUCAGGCCAAAGCCAACCAAAUACCCCCACCUGCACACAAAACCAUCUGUAAGAGGGACCACAGGGCACCAGACAUCUGGGAACUAGAGCUGGGAGAUAGCUGCUCAGUAUCGCCGUCAUUGGAAUGUGAUCCAGUGCAGAUUCCAUGGUGAUGUUUACAGGGAGAUGUGGAACUGGUUAAAGGCAAAUAUUAGUUGAGCGAGCUAGACUGCCUUCCACAGACACGAUGGACUGAAUGGUCUUCUGCCGUGCUGUGACUAUCCCAGAUUGCACCAGACCCGUUCUCCAGCUUGACCUUCACCUUGAUGUGAGCUUAUGUUCCAUGUUUAUUAUAUUACCAAGGUCUUGUUCUACCUUCGAGACCGUGGAUAAAAGCAUCGGUGAAAUUCAGGUAUAGGGUAACGAGUGAGGAUGGGGAGGGACAUCUGAGCCCCCUUGUGAACAGGCUCAGAGUCCCUCUUGCACUCAGGGACAGGGUACAAGCUUACUUUCCCCGCUGCCUAAUGCACAUCCUGCCCAUCGAUUCGCCAGCAACUGAGGCAGAGUUUCAGUGUCCCAGCUGGUAACGGGACUGAGUCACCACAUUGACUCCUUCCUGCCCUGUUGUGGCACAUGCCUAGCCUGCAAGUCCUGCAUAUCGGAAUGGAGUUCCUCCUAGUCCCGAUGGCACUUCAUACAUUUUGCAAGUCACGGCCUUGUUUGUCCUCCCAAAUCAUAUCUCAUAUCGGCAGUGACUCCCACCUGCCAUCCCUCUGUCCAUUUCACCAAAUUAACAAUGUAUCAAGUAGCCUCAGACUAGACUGCUUAUGACUGACAUCAAUUUACAUGUCAUCUUCAAACUUACUAAUCAGACUUCUGUGUUGAGAUAAAAAAUCAUUCUUCUUUUCAACUGUCAGGCCCCAUCACCAGCCUCUCUGACACAACAUUGGUCAUGAUCAUAAAUCCUCCACAUCACGCUCUGAAUCCUAUUAACAAGCCCAUUAUGGAUCCAAUUUCUUCUAGAUCCCAAAAGCUCGAACCUCCGUGACAAGUUUCCCUUGUAUGCCCUGUCAAAGGCUACAUUACCCUCAAUGCCCUAGUCAAUACAUUCUAUUGCCUCUUCAAACAAAUAAUCAGAUUGAUCAAGUAGGAUCUCUUCUUAACAAAGUUCUUCUGUCUGUGCAAGUGCACAUCCACCCUGUUCCACAGCUUUUCCUCUCCUCUAUGACUGAUAGUAGAUUCAGUGCUGUAAUUACCUAGUUUAUUCCCACUGCCCUCCUUGAAUAAAGACACCACAUUUCCACUCUUCAGCCUUCGUGUACUUUAGAGACAACAGCAGGAAUCCUUGCACAGCUCAAAGCAAUCACAUCCCCUUCCUCUCGUAGCAGCCUUGGGUAUAUCCAUCUUAAAUCCUUCCAAGUUAUCUAAUAUUUCCUUCUUAAUGAUAACAUGUUUUAAGGUUUCACCGACUGCAAUGUCGCUCCAUUCCGUGAAUACAGAGGUGAGGAGAAUUAUUCAUUUCAAAUUCCAUCCACAUCCUAUGGUUUCAAUGGGUCCGAUGCAUUUGCUGGAUACAUUUAAAAUGCUUUGGUCUUAUUCUUAAACAUGUCUGCAAUGAUACGUUGUGCCCCCAUUUGCUUAAUAAGCAUUUUUUACUUAUUACGUCUAGUACUCAUUUUUUAUUCCAUAUUCUCCCUUUUCUUCAUUCCUUGACAACUUUUAUCUUCCAAAAGCAAUAGGAUAAAUGUAUUUUCCAAAAGCAAUAGGAUAGUUUUUUUAAAGAACAAAGUGCCGGGGUAAUCCAGCUGUUCAAGUAGCAUCUCUGGAAGACAUGUCCCACUGAGAUGCUGUUUGACCUGCUCAGUUACUCCAGCAGUUAUUGUUCGACUCAUUAUCCUUUCAUCAGCUAUGUGUAAUUUUUCAAUGGACCAUUGAUCUAACGUUGAUGCUACUGCAUAUUCAAGAAUGUAUACCUGGUAGACAUUGCAUUGUAAUGAAUAUAUGGCUCAAUGCUAAUAAUGCUAUUGUUUUAAUUAACAAUUAUAGAUGCGCUGGGUUUGAUUAAUGUGUACCGACUUUGAUGAUUCGUUGGGAAGUUAGGUUCUUGUUCUGGGACAAAUGAGUAGGCUCAUCAGAAGCUACAAAUCAACACACCCUAUUGAGUAUUGAUCCGGAUAUCUGACCACUGGGAGACAGAACAAAGUAAGUGUAUCCAUCAGGGAAUACCACUAAGGGAAAGGUGAUGAGGAAACGGAGACAGAAAGAGUGACAACAGAAGGAGAAAAAGUUGAUGGUGAAAUGAAGAAGGGUAAGCGACUCUACAGUAGAGGAUAUUAAGACAGGAAUAGAGGGAAAGGAGUCAGAGAGAGAGAGACGUCGGAACCACAUGUGUCAGGGAAUGGGAGAUACAUUAGGGAAAGAGGGAAGUGUUGGUGAGGAGGAAAGACAAUGGAGAGAGACAACGAGAGGGUGAGAGGUGACAGGAAGGAGGCAGAGCCACCAGGGAGAGAGGAAUGCGAUGGUGAUGAAAAGAAGUGAGCAGAGUAAAAAUAAGAGAGAGGUAAUGGAGAGGAGCAGAAAAAGUGGUAGAGAGAUCACGGGGGGUGGGGUAGAGGUGAUCGAGAGAGACGGGGAUGUGGUGACGUUAACAGAGGAGGAGAGAGGCAACUUGAAGUGGGGCAAUGGAAGGGCCAACAGAGAAUGGGGCAAUGGGAUAUGUGACAGAGAGUGGGGCAAUGGGAGAGGUGACACAGUGGGGCAAUGGGAGAGGUGACACAGUGGGGCAAUGGGAGAGGUGACACAGUGGGGCAAUGGGAGAGGUGACACAGUGGGGCAAUUGGAGAGGUGACACAGUGGGGCAAUGGGAGAGGUGACCCAGUGGGGCAAUGGGAGAGGUGACACAGUGGGGCAAUGGGAGAGGUGACACAGUGGGGCAAUGGGAGAGGUGACACAGUGGGGGCAAUGGGAGAGGUGACACAGUGGGGCAAUGGGAGAGGUGACACAGUGGGGCAAUGGGAGAGGUGACACAGUGGGGCAAUGGGAGAGGUGACACAGUGGGGCAAUGGGAGAGGUGACACAGUGGGGCAAUGGGAGAGGUGCCCGAUGGAGUCAAAAGAGGGAAACAGAAGAUGUAAUACAGACCCGAACUACACAUCUCUUCCAGAACCAAGUAAUCUCUUCCCCUGCUUUACUUUGUAGAUGUGCAGUAAUCAAAUAAUAAAUGAUUCAUAAAAUGAAAUAAAAUGCUUGACGCCCUUAAUACCAGUGUCUGGUUGUUGUUUCCUCUCCACCAGCAAAAUAAAUCAUGUGAUUUCUCUGAAAUAAUACAUUAAAUGAAAAUUUGAAAAUUAUGGUGAAAAUUGUUGUAAAUUGAGCAGCCCCACGAUGGUGAGUAGUCCGCAGCUCCGCAGUCUCCCGAGCCCCCGGGUCGUUCAGGUUGGAGGCCGCUCCACGGUGCUAGGCCCCAACCACAACGGAGACCCGGCAGGGAAAAGGUCGGGUC